CCGCCAUGGCGGCGGUCCCUACAGAUUCCGGCUCGCGGCCUGCCGCGGGCGCCCGGUUUUUCUGCACCGCCGGCCGCGGCCUGGAGCCCUUCCUGAUGCGCGAAGUGCGGGCGCGGCUGGCGGCCACGCAGGUUGAAUAUAUUUCAGGAAAAGUUUUCUUCACCACCUGUUCUGACUUAAAUAUGCUGAAAAAAUUAAAAUCUGCGGAAAGAUUAUUUUUGCUGAUUAAAAAGCAAUUUCCACUUAAUGUUUCUUCUGUAAGUAAAGGAAAAAUAUUAAAUGAAAUAGAGAGACUUAUAAAUGGUGAUCCAGAAAGUUGGUUGAAUACCGUUUCAACUUGGAAAAAUCUUCUUGAACUUGAUGCAAAAGAGGACAAACUUUUUCAAAGAGCUGCUAACCUGCCAAAAAGAAAAGGGGAGGAAAAUGACAUCAAUGCUAAGAAAUUAAAAACAGAACAGUUGCAAGAGUUACAAGAAAAUAGGGAAUGCCAGCCAGAAAAGCAAAUAGAAGAAGAAACACAGGAGCAAGGAGAUUUUCUCACUAAAAGAGAAAAAUCUCAAGAAGCAUUUCAGAACAACGUAGUAAAAGCACCUGAUGCCCAAAACCAGAACAAAUUGACGUUCAGAGUUUCUUGUCGCUGCAGUGGAGUUAUUGCAAAGGCCUUUACUGCACAGGAGGUCGGAAGAGUAACCGGAAUUGCUCUUAUGAAACAGUUUGGAUGGAAAGCAGAUUUGAGGAAUCCAAACUUAGAGAUCUUCUUACAUCUGAAUGACAUUUACUCUGUGGUGGGAAUCCCUGUGUUCAGGGUGCCUUUAGCCAGCAGAGUUUACAUCCGGACGGCAGGCCUGAGGUCUACCGUAGCAUGGGCCAUGGCCACUCUCGCGGACAUUCAGUUUGCCUUGCCAGAACCUAGAGUAAGAAAUGUUCCUCCAAAUGUGACCACCAGCAUCGGGAUGUUAAGGUGUCCUCUGGCUCCGACGGAAACCCGGCUGUCCUCUGAGGGCUCUGCGUCCUCUGUAGACAUAUCAGGGGACCGGGGCCCAGAGGUGGCUGGUGCAUUUGUUUUAGAUCCAAUGUGUGGACUUGGGACAGUACUUUUGGAAGCUGCUAAAGAAUGGCCAGAUGUGUAUUACGUGGGUGCUGACGUCAGUGGCUCACAGUUGCUAGGUGCGUGUGACAAUCUGGAAGCUGCAGGCCUUAAGGAUAAAAUUGAGUUACUUCAAGUCUCUGUUACAGACUUGCCAUUGCCUUCAGAGAGUGUUGAUGUUAUUAUUUCUGACAUUCCAUUUGGGAAAAAGUUUAAGUUAGAGAAAGACAUCAAAAGCAUUCUACAAGAAAUGGAGAGAGUGCUUCACGUUGGCGGAACCAUUGUGCUGUUGCUCAGUGAGGAGCAUCACAGGCGCCUUAAAGAUGGCGAACAGAGAAGCAGCCCUUUGAAUUCCAAGGGCAGCCGCACAGAUGAACCUGAACCUGGAGUCAAAAAGUGCUUGAAUCCUGGAGAAAAAACUGGCAUGUCAGAAACAGUGCCCUCUUCCUUCCAAUCCAGUAACCAGGAGUGCUUGGACAGAAUGCCACCGUUUGGCUCUCUAGUGCCAGUGGAACGCCACAAAGUUAGCCUUGGGAGGACGGAUGCAUUCAUAUGCAAAUACAGGAAGUUGCACUCUUCUGGACUCUAGCAGGCCCCGCUGCUGUAGGCCGGUUCGAGUCCUCCUACAUCAGGUGCGCCUCCCGUGCAGCAGCGGCGCCGUCUUAGGAUCUGGGCGGGGCCGCAGAGUUCCGGCAAAGCAGACGCCCCCGAAAGGCAGGACGCAUGACUGCUGGCCGAGCUCCAGCUCCAUCCUCGGAAGAGCCAAAAGUUGCCAACAAAGACCAGUGAGUGAAUAUUCCCCCUAGAGGACUCACAGACUUGGUAUUCUGUCAGAAUGUGAGAAGCUGUGCCCCGGCAGCACUGGCUCGGAGCAGGAGCUGCAACUUCGAGCACAAAUUUUCAGAGGUUCCGAGAAAGUAGAUUGCACUCAUCACAUCAAAUGUACAAACUUCGAUGUGUUACUUCUUUUGAUAUUAAACUUGAUUCUUAAGCCUGUAAUUUUCUUCCCCAUCGGAAUGAAAAUAAUUUUUAUUUGCAAUACUUUUUAUAUGUCCCAUAUUCUGUAAAACAUUAAUGGGAAUAAUAGCAAUAAGAAUCAAGCCAGUAUCCUCCACCAUGAUAGAAAAUAAAGCUUGCUUUUUUUCUAAAAACAUUAA